UUAACACAUGACCAAAAUUCUUGCUAUUACGGCCGCAGAGCUCCGGCUACCAACGGCAAUUACGGCCGUGGAAGGUUAUUCUCGUCCAAUCUCUUCUUAUUUACGAAAUUGUAAACCUCUACCGUUCCCUAAAAUAUCACAUCUCAUUCUCGCAAUCAUUGCCUUUGCCAGAAAUGGCGAUUUCUGCAAAGGCAGCUCUAAUUUGCUCGUUCAAUACCAAUGACCGUUCAGCUGCCGCACCGCGGACUCCAUCCUCUCCGCCCAAGUUCUCUCAUUUGUCGUCCUUCCAACUCCUUACAUGCCCGGGAGAACUUCGCGGUAUGCGGAUUGGAAUCCACAGUUACGAGGCGAAGCCACGGCCCCGAACUAUAGCUCCGGUUGAGGCAAAGAAACAGAUAUUCUCUUCCUUCGAUGAUCUGCUGGAAGAAUGCGACAAAGCUGUUCUAGUUGACUUCUACGCAACUUGGUGUGGUCCUUGCCAGUUCAUGAUUCCAAUCCUCAACGAAGUAGGCAAUGCAAUGAAGGAUAAAAUUAAUGUGGUAAAAAUUGAUACUGAAAAGUAUCCUAGCAUUGCAGACAAGUACAAAAUUCAAGCACUCCCAACAUUCAUUCUUUUCAAGGAUGGGAAACCUUGCCUUCGCUUUGAGGGUGCAUUAUCUGCUGACAUUUUAAUCGAACGCAUCGAGGGUGCGCUCAAGGCUGCAUAGUUGUUUUACCUAAUAAUCUCUGUGUCCUCUGCAAAAUGGUAUGUUUCUGUCCCAAGUUUGGGCCGACAUAUUGUUUAAGAUCAUGGGGAGUUGGAAAAGAUCCCUUUGUUGUAUGGGGAAAAGCUAUCUCUGUGGUUUUUUUUAUGUGAUGAUAUUCAUUCGAUGUAAAGGUUGUUCCAGACCGUAGAUGUUAGGUUUAAUGAUAUAGAACUCGUGCAUAAACUUCGCCUUUAUAUGGUAUAUAGGUGCCCUAACGUUGGCAUCCCAACAAAGAAGCAUUACUUGCCAUCAUUGUUGCACUUUGUGUACAUUCAUUUGUGUACAAGAUAACUUGUCUAAAAGUUGUCUAUAUACACAGAUCAUUUGUCUACUUUUUAGACAAGUUGCCUGUGUAUAAUCCAUGCUAGACGGUUGCCCGGUCUCUGGCGACCAUAUUGAAUCAAAAGUCUGUUCUUUUCCACAUAAAUGAAACAUAUAGGAAAAUUUUGUUCUCGGGGUGAAACAAUAAUAAAUCCC